GUAUAAUUGCAUAACAAACACGGUUUCUCAUUUCAUUUGUUCACUGAUUUUCAACCAAAAAAUCAUCUAUUACAGAGUUUCAGCACACAAGAUAGGAACAAGAAACAAAUUAAAGGACCUUUUCUAAUGGCGGCGGAAAUAGUAGGAGCAAUAUUCGGUGCAUUGAGUUGCAUUUGUGGUACUCCAACCUGCAACUGUAUAGAUCAACAUAGAAAUUUUAAUGAUGACGUGGAUGAGCUGGGAAGAAAAUUGGACAGUCUAACUAGCCAGAAACAAGAUAUAGAAUCAAGAACGAAAGAAGCAGAGGCUCGCGGGGGACAAAUGGUUAGACAACAAGUGCAAGAAUGGCUUAAGCAAGCAGAAGAGAUCAAUGCUAAACUGCGACCAUUUUUGGCAAGGGUGCAGGGAGUCAAGUGGUACAAGCGAGCUUGUCUUGACAGCCUUGUUUGUAGAAAAAUUAAUAUGGUGAAGGAAAUGCUUGAUAAAGGUAGUUUUCCUGAAGGCCUUGUUAUUGAGAGGGCUCCAACUCAUGGAAACAUAAUUCCAACAGAGAAUUUAGUAGGGCAAAUUUCUACUAAAGAAGAAAUUUGGAGGUAUUUGAUGGGUGAUGACGUUGGAAUGAUCGGAGUUUGUGGGAUUGGUGGAGUUGGAAAGACUACGAUCAUGAAGAAUCUCCACAAUGAUUUGCAAAGGGAGACUAGAUUUGAGAAAGUGAUCUGGGUUACCGUAUCAUAUCCUCUCAAUGUUUUCAAAUUACAAAAGAAGAUUGCUGAUGCUAUGGGCCAAAGACUUCGAGAUGAUGAAGAGGUGAUGAUGCGAGCAGCAUCACUAAUGGAAAUAAUGAGAAGAGUGAGGUAUGUUAUAAUAUUAGAUGAUGUAUGUCAAAAGUUCUCUCUUAAGGAAGUUGGAAUUCCGGAUCCGAAUGUGCAGAAUGGGUGCAAAGUAGUUGUCACUAGUAGAUCAAUUGAAGUAUGCAGUUAUUUGCGUUGUAAGAUUGUUGAAGUGAAACCUCUUUCACAGGAGGAGUCUCUAAAGUUAUUCCUCGAUACAGUUGGGGAUGGUGUUUUACAAGUUCCAGGGUUGGAAGAAAUCUUAAAGCUUAUUGUGGAAGAGUGUGCCGGCUUGCCACUGGCCAUUGUUGUGAUUGCUGGGAGCAUGAGGGGAGUUGAUGAUGUUAAUGUGUGGAGAAAUGCAUUGACUGAAUUACGAGUUCGUGUAAGUAGUGUGAAAGAUUCAAAUGAUGAGAUAUUUAAGCGGUUAAGGUUUAGUUUUGAUCGGUUGGAUAGUUUGGAAGUUAAGAGUUGUUUUCUUUAUUGCUCCUUCUUUCGGGAGGAUUAUGUGUUUUCUAAAAGGGAGUUGAUAGAAUGUUGGAUUGAUGAAGGACUAAUUGAUGGGUUGCCAAGUAGAAAAGCAGCUUCAGAUAGGGGCCAUGCUAUUAUAGAUAGGCUCGAAAAGAAUUUCUUAUUAGAGAAAGACAAUUUUGGGUCACCAGAGAAAGCCACUUUUCGAUCACUUCGGCCAUUUAUAAGCCUAGGUGGAUAUUCAUUUGGUAUUCCUAGUGCUAAGAUGCAUGAUGUAGUGAGAGACAUGGCUAUCAUAAGCAUUGGUCCUGAAUUUGGAUAUGUGAUAAAAGCUGGUAUGAAUUUGGUAGAGCUACCAGAUGGGCAUGGUUGGGUAAAAGAUCCUAAGAAGUUGUCUCUAAUGGCAAAUAACAUUUUAAAAGUUCCUCCUAGUCUGUCCCCAAAGUGUUUGAGCCUGUCGACUUUGAUACUAUCAAGUAAUCCUAAUUUGUCAGAGAUUCCAGAAUCUUUUUUUGGAGAGAUGCUUGCUUUGAAGGUUCUUGAUCUCUCUAACACUGCUAUUGAGACUCUACCUAAUUCCAUCUCUAAAUUAGAGAAUCUAUCUGCCCUGCGGUUACAGCAUUGCAUGAAGUUAAAGUACUUGCCUUCCUUGGCAAACCUCAGGGAAUUGAAGAAGUUGGACCUACACAAGGCAGUAUGUUGUUUGCGAGAAACUACAAUAAUAAGAAAUUUAGAAGAGGUUGCUAGAUUGAAGAAGUUGGAGACUUUAGAAUGUCAAUUUGAUGGCAUACAAGACUUUAAUCAUUUUGUCAACAAGUUCAAAGAUUUCCAAAGUGCUAUUGCUUACAGUCUUGGAGUUGGGACAGCAAGAGACAUGAUGAGAUGGAGCAAAUAUGAGCUUGUAAUUACUGAAUGUGAGAUUUGGGAAGAAUGUGUAGUGCUUCCAAAUAACCUUGAGGAUUUGUGGAUAAUUGGGGGUAGAAACAUGAGAAGCAGCUUAAACAGAACAGUCAUGUUUGAAAUGGAAGCAAAUGAGUUGAGACGGUGCUUUAUUUGGAAAAGUGAAGAGAUAGAGUGCAUGGUUGAGUUGGACUCAUCCUCCUCCUCCUCAUUGUGUUGUCUAGUACUUGAUAAGCUUAAAAUGCUGCACCUUCAUAGUUUGCCUAAGUUAUGUGAACUUGUGAGAGUGGAAGGAGCAGCAACACCACCGCACAUCUUUUCCAAUCUUAAAAUACUUAUAAUAAUAGAUUGUCCAGGAAUGAGCAAAUUGCUUCCACUUGAUCUACAGCAGGCCUUCCAAAACUUAGAGGAGAUUGAAGUUGGUAACUGCAAACACAUGGAGGAGAUAAUAGCAUCAUCAGAUUCAGAUGCAUCAUCGGAUAAAUUCACUUUUCCCAAGUUAAGGAUAUUGCACUUGGCGGAUUUACCCCAAUUGAAGAGCAUCUACAGUGCCAAAGGAGUUAUGGUUUGUGAUUCUAUUGAAGAAAUUGGAAUAUGGGGAUGUCGGGAGUUAAAGAGGAUCCCGGUGCAGCUUCGCUUGCUUGAUAAUGGCCAACCAUCUCUUCCUCCUCGUCUCAGAGAAAUCAAGAUGGAUGAAGAGUCAAAAGAAUGGUGGGAAUCAGUGGAGUGGGAUUAUCCCAAUGCUAAGAACCUCCUUAAACCUUUCUUGAAAUAUUCUACAUAUCCGUGGGUUUGAGGGUUUCCUACAAAACUUUUUGGUGUCAUGAUCAUGAAUUGUGCAAAGGGGUGAAUUUUUCCUUUCCGAGGGUGCAGUUAAAGUUCACAUAUGCAACAUGGAGACACAUACUCAUGAUUGUUAUCUAUUUAGGCUACUUGAAGAGUUUGUUUGAAAAAUAUGGUCUUGCUGGUUGAUUAGCAGUCCUACAAGUUACCAUAUAAAGCUUCUUAGAGGAGACUUAAACUCACAGGGGUACAAUGCAUUAAUUGAGUGGUACUGGGCUCCCUUCAUGAGUUUGAUGCAUACCAUUCAACAUACCAUACUGUCUUGAGAUGACUGGUGAACCUUGCUGCCAUUGCCAAACAUGGCAAGAGCUAGGAAGGAGUUGAUGUGUUGGUGUUUGAGAGCUAUCUCUGAUGGAUGCACAAGUGUAACAAGCCUUAAUCAAUGCUAUGUUAGUUUCCAAUUUUCAAUCUAAUGCUUUCUAUUCCAUCCAAAUUCUUCCAGAUUUUCUAAACCUUGCUGCCAUAGCCAAACAUGGCAGGAGGAAGGAAGGAGUUUGAUGUGUUGGUGUGUGAAGCUAUGUUUGGUGGAUGUACAAGUGUAAGAAACUUCAGAUCAAUGUUAUGAAUCGUAGAGGGAAAAGGAGAUUGGCCAUGGCAGUUGAACUUAACCAGCAAUAGGAGGUAUAUGAAGAAGAUUGAACUUGUGAAACAUGAAGACUUUUACAAGCUUCACUAUCUGUUUCUUUUGGGAUAUACAGCACAGAAAGUGAAGUAGGAAAAGAGGAUUUAGCAAGAUGUAACUUGCAUUUUAUGUUAUAUUGGCCACCAUUUGCCCCAGUUGUUCAUAAUGAUAUUGCAAUUGAUUUGCCAAUUUAUGGACAAAAGUUGAUGUUUAUUGCCCUUUCAUCAUUCUUAGGAUUGGUUUUGUGCUUUUUCUGGAAUGACAUAACUGCUAACGUAGCAUGCAACAAAGGGGAAGGAUGGAAGCCAUGCGGUUAUGAGAACUGCUAAAAACGAGACCUAUCCAAUCCAAGAAGCAUCAUGCUGGGGAAUUGGAUCUCGUCUUCCCAUCAUGGGGACAGUCUGCAACAUCUUACAAGAACUAAAGAUCAACCAUUACUAUUUUGAACAAAUACACAAUUGUCAGAAUAUCAAAAACACGUUCAUAUAUCUAUUUAUGGUGAACAGAAGGAAAAAACUCUUGAUAGGAAAUCGAGAUUUGACCCUAAAGAUUUUGCUGAUUGUGUUUUCAUUGGUUCUUACCAGGACUACCCAAUACAUAGAAUGAGAUUAU